CUUUCCCGAAGACACAAGGGAGCGCUGAACGCGCAACAGCAACAUUGGAGAGAAAGUGUGACAAAUGUGACGGCAAUCUUUACAACUUCUUCAAGCCUUCAACUCAUGGCACAAGGCAAGACGAAGGGUCUUCAAGCCAAACAGACCAAUGCUCGCCACGCGCACAAGGCUGCUACCGCCACGAAGAAGGGCAAGCGAUUCAUUGCGCCGAAGAAAACUGCGCUAGUCAAACAAGCGGCUGUCCAAAAGUCCCUCACCGCGAAAAUCAACAAAUCGAUUGAAAAUCAAAUGGUUGCGGCUGCAUCCGGAGGAAAGCUCACCAUCAUGAGGAAUACACAUGAAGGAUCGUCCGCGAAAGGGAAAUAG